UCAACGAAGAGUCAAGGGCCAUGGACUACAAAGAAAAGAAGCGGGAGGAGUUUAUGUCUUCUUAGAGGAGGAACUGGAGGAGGAGUUUGAGAAGACGACUGGACGCUGAGUUGCUUGUUCCUGUGUUUGUUUGCGUGCGUUUAUGGCUGACUCAACCCCGAGUCCACUAGCUCGUGUGCUAUUGCAACAGUGUCUGCACGCGCAGCUGCAAGUGAAGCCUGCGGAGCCGGAUUCGGAAGCCAGAUGGGUAGAGAUCCAACGUGGUCUUAUUAUCUACGUAUGUUUCUUCAAAGGGGCUAGUGAAGAUAUUAUUCCCCAAAUGGUCAAUACAAUCCUGAAAGUGAAAUUAAGUGAAUGCGAAGAUGGCAAAUAUGUGUCUAUUUUGGAUUUGCCAGGCAGCAUACUUGUAAUACCACAAGCCACACUGGGUGGUAAAAUGAAAGGAAGAAGAAUGCAAUAUCAUGCCAACAUUGAAAAAGAAAUUGGACUAGAACUCUAUUCCCAGUUUGUGAUUCAGUGUGAAAAACAACUGGCUGCUAAUGUGAGAUGUACAGAAGCUGGUGUAGUCGUGAAGCAUGGCACAUAUGGAAACCGGCAAGUAUUGAGAAUAGAUACAAAUGGACCUUACACUCACCAGAUUGAGUUUUGAGACAUAUGUGCUACAGGUAACAAUAUCCUUAACUUGAUGCUAAUGUUUGUGCAAAGAAAAUAGAAAUGUCCACCAGUAACUUUAGGUCCACAUUAAUAUAUUUAUUUUUAACUACACUAUCUCAUAUUUUUUCUUUCUCAUACUUUCAAAACAAACAAUAAUUCUGUCAUGGAAAACAAAUGGCUCCAACAGAAGGCUGUUUUGGUCCAUGAGUCUUUUCAGCCAACUAUGAACCUAUAUCAGUGAUGGCAAAACUUUUUGGCACCUAGUGCCCAAACCGGAAUGCACAUACAUGCACAGAUGAGUGUGCAUGUGUGCGCUGGAGCCUUAGAAACUUUAAGACCAGCUGGCCGGUGGGGUCUUCUGUCUUUGUGCAUGCCGGAGCUCCGGAAAUUCAAAGACCAACUGCCCGGUACCUAUGCGCAUGCCGGCCACCUAAUUGUGCAUGCAUGAUCAUGCGCAUGCGUGUGGGCCAGCUGGUCUUUGCACGUGCUGGAGCACCGGAAACCCAAAAAACAGCCGGGUUUCCAGAGCUCCGGCAUGCACAAAGAUCAGUUGGCCGAAGCACAUCUGCACGUCAGAAA